ACGAAUUUAGUCGAAUUUUAACUUAGGUGGUAAAUAGACAAUUUUCGGCUAUUGCUAGGCAAAAGGUUUGCGAAAAGUGUGAUUGAAGUGGUCAGUUAACAAAAUUAACCGAGCGAAUUAAUUAGGAUCUGCAAGUUAUUACAAAUUAAAAGUCACGAUGGGCACCAAAGCAAUUUCAUUGAAAGUACUACUGAGCUUAGUUUUGUGCACAUAUGCUGCAAAAAUAAAACGCAGCAUCGACCUAUCUGCGUCACAUGCACUUAUUCAAGAUGUUCGUCUUCCUAUGGAUAUUUUACCGACUGGAUAUGAAAUUGAUAUACGACCGAACCUAGAAGAUAGCUCCUUUUCCGGAUCAAUUAAAAUCAACAUGAGUUGGACUAAACCAACGCGUACAAUUUCUCUUCACGCACACUAUGACCUGCAAAUAAAUGACAGAUCAAUAAAGUUGACAAAGAAAACAUGGGAGUCUGGCAAUGAAACAGCAAGCGAGGAGUACAUUAAGAUAUUGCGCGGGGAUCGAUUACCAAAGAAAACUGUCUACAUUGUAUAUUUAAAAGAUACGAUAAAGGAAUGCUCACAAUGUGAACUUGCAAUGGAAUUUGAAGGUGGUAUUUGGAAGACAAACGAGGGCAUAUUCAAGGGUACUUAUAUCAGCGAUGACGGAGAAGAAAACACGUAUUUGGCCACAUAUAUGAGGCCAAAUAAUGCACGCAGGCUGUUCCCUUGCUUCGAUGAGCCAGGAUUUAAGGUACCAUUCAAAGUAUCUAUUGCGAGGCCGAGGAAUUUUGUUACAUUAUUUAACACACAAUUACUAAAAACGGAAGAAUUAGACGCCACAAAACCUAAUUUAGAUUACGUGGUUGACCAUUUCGAAGUAACACCACCAAUGUCAACAUUUACAUUUGGCUUUGUAAUUUCACAAUUAAAAAAGAUUGACUUCCCUAUGGAAUACGCUUCUGGUGAAAACAAACUUCAAAUAAAUAUAUGGGCAUCCAAGAAAAAUGCAUCAAAAUUUGAGGAUACGUUUUCAAAGCUUACAAGGCUAUACAACUACAUGGAAGAAUAUUUCAACUCUUCCUUACCACUGUCCAAAAUCGAUGUAAUUGCUAUUCCCGAGCUACCAUUGAUGCAUCCAUCAGAUAAUUGGGGCCUAAUACUUUUCAAAGAAACGGAGCUGCUUAAUCUUGGCUAUUAUCACCUGGCUCAGGAACUUAUAUAUCAAUGGCUUGGAUCAUGGAUAACGCUUGAAUGGUGGAGUGAUAUACACGUUAACAAGGCCCUGACAAGUUUUCUGGCAGCUAAUUUCGUUUUUCAGAUUGACAGUGGAAAGGAAUUCAACGGCAAAUAUCCAAUGACGAUAUUAUAUUCGUUGUACUACGAAUUUAGCAAGCGAUACCCACAUUCUCGCAUUACAGGCAUGAAGCAGGAAUCGACGUCUUAUAAAAUAGAACUUUUUAUUCGAAUGUUGAAUUACACUUUGGGUCACGAUUCCCUUCGGGCUGGCAUAGAAAAUUUUAUGGCCAGCAGGCAUUUUAAAACAUUUAGUAGCAAUGAUCUGUGGAAUGCUUUAACAGUGCAAUCACUUCUGGACAAAACGCUUCCAUCGCAUAAUAAUGUUACCGAUAUUGCUAAUUCGUGGAUUUCGAAGAAUCGUUUGCCUUCAAUAAGCGUUCAACGAGACUAUGCUGGCAAAAGAGCUACAGUAACUCAAAAAGUUUAUUUACGUGAAAGACCACAUGAUGUGCCGGAACAAGAUAAAAUGCUUUGGUGGAUACCGCUCGUUUUUAUUGAAGAGAAUAAUUUAAAUUUUUCAUAUACAAGACCCAUCGAAUGGAUGCCUUAUAAGAGGGAUUUGAUUUUAAAUAACAUGCCCGCUGAUGAUAAAUUUGUCAUAGUAAAUCCAGAAGAAAUUGGACCGUUUCCAGUAAACUACGAUAUAAAAAAUUGGAAUAUGCUUUCGAGUUUCUUACAAACCAAUUUGGGCUUAAGUUCCAUCCCUGCACUUACAAGAGCAAAGCUUUUGCACGAUGCAUGGAACUUGGCAUAUGCAGGAGAUCUUAGCUUUGCGACUGCAUUUAACAUGACACUCUUCAUGCAACUUGAACGUGAUCCCAUCGUGUGGAAUCCAGUUUUUACAUUUAUUGAUCAUAUCGGUAGACAUAUUGACGGAUCUGAUGUUCACGAGCAAUUUCAGGCAUACAUACGGCACAUACUAACUCCUCUAUAUCUUGAAUUAAGCGAACAAAAAAAUAAUUUGGAAAUAUGGCACACUGAGCUUUUGUCAAUGGCUGAAACAUUUUUGUGUCGUGCCGGAUAUACAAUAUGUGUUGAGGAGGCACAACAGGCAUUUAAACAGUGGAUGGAAAGUGAUAUGGCAGAUGAAAAAUUUAUGAUAUCCAACAAGUAUAUAUGUCCCGCUUUGAAAUGGGGUACAAUGGAGGAGUGGCAAUUCGGACUAAUGCGUGUUAUCAAUUUCCCAAAAUCACGUAUUCAAAGUGAGCGAACGUACUUGCUAAAGAAUUUGGCCGGAUGUCCUGUACAAUCUGAAAAGAUAGUUUACCUUUUAAACAUCGCAAUUAUCGAAAGAAAUGCGAACUUCACUGAAAAUGACAUCAUUCUCAUUUUCAAUAUGCUAAACAGAGGAUCUGGUGGAAAUAAAAUACUUUUAAAUUUCCUGUCCAACAACUGGUCCACAAUUAGGAAUAGGUUUGAAAAUAAAACAAACUUAUGGGACAGUUUGAUCAGCUCGGCCACAGGGUCAUUUACAACUGAUGAAGGAUACAAGAUGGUGAAAACACUUUUUGAUGAGCACAGAAACGAGUUUGGCAGCGCUCUGCAUAUAAUUGAAAAAUCAUUGAAAAACAUUCAAGAAGAAGCCAAAUGGAGCGAAGAAAACUUGCCAGUCAUAGAAAAUUGGUUGACGGAAUUUUUCCAUAAAAACCAUCCAAAGGAUGAAUAAAUAACUCAAUCUAAAUCUAAAAA